AUGGCAGGAUACAAUGGCUCUAGCGAUCGAGAUCUGCGCUUCAGAGGGCAGCACGAGGCGUCCCUGCUCUCACCCCCAAGGAAUUCGAAUGGCACUCGCCUGCCUCAGCCUUUGCAGGACGGACGAGGAGGCGGCGGUUUGAUGCGUAGAUUUACUACCGAUUCAUCUCGAGUGCCGACAUUGUCAACAAUAACCAUUCAGCGUGGCCAGCCGGAUUCUUCUGAUUUUGGGCCUUCGAAUUACAAAGUACAAUUACUCGAAAAGAAGAAGCUCGAGUACGAGAGACUUCGCGAGCAGAAGCGGCGGUUCGAGGCUGAAAUGCAAUUGCUGGACCUUCAACAACGACGCGAAGAACAGGAACUUGCCCAGAUGCAAGAAGACCUCGGCCGAACAAAUAAUAACACUGCGGGCCACCAAUCAGAACCAACGACUCCUCCCGAAUAUCGAGAAUCCACUUCAGGCUUCCCCUCUGUCUUUUCCCGACCAAAUCGAUACUCGACUUCGAGUCUUACUUCUCCCCCAGGAUUGUACAAUCGACCUGGGAGAUCGGGCUCUCAACUCACUUCUCCUCAAUCAGGAAUCAUACAAUCUCGAUUCAUGAUGGACGACAAGCUGCCCUCCAAGUCUGUUCCAGGCUCAAGACGCAAUUCGGACGAAGAAGAGAAGGAGGAGGCCGUGAGACAAGAUCCUACGAGCCAUAGGGCUACAAAUGCGUACGUACUUGUGUUCUUCUUGCUGGGCAGAUUUGUACACUUGUAUCGCUGGCUUCGUGUCCCAAUAUCAGAUCGAUUAGGUCAAAAAGGUCAAAGGGUCUUGCAAUCCUCAGUGAGAUACUCAAUGCCAGUCACCAAAUCCCGCAACGGCAUGCACGAGAUGCUGUCCCUCGACCAGACCAAUACAGCUCGCUUUCUCUUCGGAGAGGAAGAGGGUGGAACUGCAUCACCUGAUGUCAAUACCUAUUUGGACAUGAACACUACUGCUGAGAACUUCCCAAUCCUUAUCCGCAACCAGGACUUCCCUAGUCAGCUUUCCGCUUCCUCGGCUGCGCUUGAUCUUGCGCUCGCCCAAUCCACCGGACCUGAAUCCAAUGGAUGGAGUGCAUUCACCCGCCAUCGCGCAUCCCAGUCCCAGCAGAUUCUGCCAGGUAGCAUUCAAGCCCAGGGUCAGGCCCAAGCAAACGGUUCGACCUCAAACUCCCAGGCCAAUGUCUCUGAGUCUCCCAUCUCCAGCCGAUCCAACUCUUUCAGACACUCUCUCGAUCUGAAAUACGUUGAUGGUCAAGGCCAAGAUAACAUUCCGAUGUCGUCACCCAAGCCACAAGUUACCCCGCCGAAGUUGCAGUCCUCCUACUCUGCCAACGAUGUUCCUACGAUGAGAAACGGUGUCCAUGCCAUCAAUACCACACCCAACUCUCAUGCUCAGCAGCACUUGCACAACCACAAUGCCAGCUUGGGUCGCAUUCCACCAAACGGUAUGAAUAACAGACUCAGCCGUGAGAUGACCUCCCCAGAGGCUGCCACCCUGCGUGAGGCUCAGAACGGUACUUACCACUCAAUCUCAUCGGCUCUUCACCCCAAUGCACCAGCAUUCGGCCCGUCCUUGACUCAAAGCAUGUCUCAAGCUCCGAUGACCGCUGCUGUCACUUCGCCUACUGGUCCGCAAGCCUAUCCAGUCCAACAACAAUAUUAUAACAGCUAUAAUAUGUUGAACAUGAGUAUGCAAAACAUGCAGCUUGCUCCACAACCAAUGUACUCCCCUCAAUACGCUGGUUAUGGUGGUGGUGCUAUGUACGGUCAAGCUCCCCCACAGCGCGAUAGCCAAGCCCGUGUCAUUCAACAGAGACGCCAGAAUGACGGAGAGGUCAUGAAUCGAUUCGCCAACAUGGCUCUGGAGACUCUUGGCGGAGAGAUCUAUACAUUGUGCAAGGACCAACAUGGUUGUCGCUAUCUGCAGAAGAAGCUCGAGGAUCGCAACCCGGAACAGGUUCACAUGAUCUGGCUUGAGACCAAUCAACAUGUCGUUGAGUUGAUGACCGAUCCGUUCGGCAACUAUCUCUGCCAAAAGCUUCUGGAGUAUUGCAACGAUGAGGAACGCACUGUUCUUAUUGAGAAUGCUGCUAAUGAUAUGGUACGAAUUGCCCUCAACCAACACGGAACCCGAGCUCUGCAGAAGAUGAUCGAGUUUAUCUCUACUCCCGGUCAAAUCCAAACCAUCAUUGAGGCUCUUCGCUUCCGAGUCGUCGAGCUUAUCCAGGACCUCAAUGGCAACCAUGUCAUUCAGAAGUGCUUGAACAAGCUGUCUUCUCUCGAUGCUCAAUUCAUCUUUGAUGCUGUUGGACAUCACUGUGUUGACGUCGGUACUCAUCGCCACGGUUGUUGUGUCCUUCAACGCUGCAUUGAUCACGCGUCAGGUGAGCAGAAGGCCUGGCUGAUUCGACAAAUUUCCAACAAUGCAUAUGUCUUGGUUCAAGAUCCAUUUGGCAACUAUGUCGUUCAGUAUAUCCUGGAUCUGAACGAGCCAGUCUUCACCGAGCCCCUUGUCCAGAUGUUCCGUGGUCGUGUUGGUCAACUCUCAAAGCAGAAGUUCAGCUCCAACGUCAUUGAGAAGUGCUUGCGCUGUGCUCAAGAGCCGUCCAAGGACAUGCUCAUUGACGAGAUGCUUCAGCCUACCGAGCUUGAUCGUCUGCUCCGAGACUCCUUUGCCAACUAUGUCAUCCAAACCGCCCUUGACUAUGCAAAUCCUGUCAAGAAGGUCCAACUCAUCGAUGCUAUCCGCCCUUAUCUCCCUGCUAUCCGCACCACUCCCUACGGUCGUCGUAUCCAGGCUAAGAUCCAAGGCAAUGAGGGUCGCAGUGGUCCUAACAGCGGCCAAGCUACUCCCAACGAGGCUGACCCUGGUCAAGGUAACACUCGUCACCAGCGUGGUCCAUCUAUUGUCUCUGCUAGCCACUUCACUUCUCCCAGUGGUGGUUACCCAAAUGGUUCCUACACUCCCGCUAACGGCAACAACAAUGGCCUAGGAGGAAAUCGCCCUGCUGUUCAGCCAGGUGGUUUCCCUUCCACCGAGCAAGUCACUCCUCCCCAAACCCUCCAAUUCCCUUAUGGUCGAGGUGCAGGUCAGAUUGGCAAUGGCAAUUGGGUCUAA